AUGGACUGUUUUUCCAGCGAGGACAAGCGUCGCAAUGACUACUUCCUUCGCAUUAUGCAACAACAUGGCAUUGAGAAUCGCAGUGUGCACCGAAUCCUUCUCAUUGGCACGGGUGAAUCGGGGAAAUCGACAUUUGUAAAGCAGCUCAAGCUGCUCAGUUCUCCUCAUGGGACUUUUCCUGAAGCCUACCGAUCCAAAUUCUUAACUGAGAUUCAGCGCAACAUUAUCCAGGCUCUGGCAAACAUUUGCACGUUCAUGAUCGCAGAAGGCAUUCCACUGGGAAAUAGCCAUUCAGAAGAGAUGAUGGACCUUCAGCGAAAAAUAAUCAAGAUCCAUGAGGAGGUAAGGAUUAACCCAGAUUCAGUAGCACAUUACACAGUGGAUGCAGAUAGUGCAACUAGGGAUAAGUUCUUUGAUAUGUGCGAAAGCCUCUGGUCUGAUAAAGCUGUGCAAGCCACUCAGGAACGUGGAAACGAGUUCCAACAGAUUGAUAGUGCUGGAUACUUCCUGGAAAAACUAAAUGUACUUCGGCAACCUGAUUAUUUACCAAACGAUAAGGAUGUCCUCCAAUGCAGAACGCGGACUCUUGGCAUUCACACAGAGUCGCUUGUCUACAACGGCAUUCCCUUCGAGCUGGUGGAUGUUGGUGGACAGAGAGAACAGAGAGCAAAGUGGAUUGAAGCAAUGACAGACGGAGUAACAGCUGUCAUAUUUCUGACCGACGCCUCGGCAUAUGAUACAAUGUUGGAGGAAGAUCACAGUGUGAAUCGUCUACGAGAGUCCUAUCAGUUGCUAGGUCAGGUUUGGACAAAAAGUCUGUUGAAGGAUAAGUCUUUCAUUCUAUUUCUUAACAAGCAGGAUAAGUUGGCUGACAAGGUGAGAUCGGAAAAGAGUCCAAUCAUAAAUUUUUUCCCUGAAUACAAAAAAGGACAGGUGAAAUUUACCAUCACUUUUCUAAGUGAAUUGUUAAUACAGAAAAAGCGAAAGAAAGACGAAAUGGAAGUAUGGAAGAAGCACUUUUCCUAUUUCCUUCCAGCUGCCUCAAAUGCUGUUUUGGGGAUGCAGAAGGAGAAGGAAGCUAUGAGUAUGGAAGAAAUUAUAAUGGAAGAAUAUAACGAAGUACAGACAACUUUGAAUAAGGUUCUCCAUGGCGAGGCCGUAACAACCUGGCCUCUGACAGGGGAUGUAAGAGAUAGUACAAUUGACACUCUAAUGAAUGACAUUGAGUUUGUGCAACUUUUUCACAAACUCAUGAGUGUGGCUCUGUAUCGCACCGUCACUGUGACUCACUUCAUUAAAACUCUCUUUUUAGCCCAGUGCGAGGAAACGAAAAUGCGGAAAAUCUAUCCUUUUCCCACAACAGCGAUCGAUAAACGAAACGUCAUCCGAGUAUUUGACUCCUGCAAGGAAAUCCUGCAAGGCAAAGCUCUGAGCGAUAUGAUUGUACAGUAA